ACGUGUAUCAGCCUGUAUCAGCUGAGCUGGCUGAUGUGGAAAAAGCUAAUUUCACUGUACGUUCAGGUUCAACAGGAUUUCAGGACACUGGGAUGGAGAAUGACACAAUCGUCUCUCUUGAAGAUUUAGGGUACCAAGGCCCUCUGUUGGAGGAAGGAGCUCUAGAAACUGCUGUGAGUGGAGGGGCAGCUUCACCUGAGUUUACUAAGCUCUGUGCCUGGAUUGUCUCAGAGCUUAGACUCUACUGCAAGUUGGAGGAGAAUGUCCACGCCACUAACUGUCCAAGUGAGGCAGAGGGCUUCCAGCUGGAAAUGAGUGGCCUUUUGUCAGAGCUUGCCUGUCCGUACGCUGUCCUCACCAGCGGAAACGUCAACCAGAGGCUUCUGAAUAGGACAGACUGUCUGCUUCUCCUCACCUUCCUGGUAUCUGAGUUGGAGGCAUCUAGGAUGAUUCUAGUUAACAGUCCUCAGAAGAAAGGCCAGGAUCCAGGCAGCCCAGUGUUCCAGGAGCUGAAGGGCAUCUGCAUGUCACUGGGCAUGUCCAAACCUCCUGCCAACAUCACCAUGUUCCAGUUCUUCAGUGGAAUAGAGAAGAAGCUGAAAGAAGCCCUAUGUCGAGUUCCACCAAAUCAUGUAGGAGAUCCACUGAUGAAGAAGGCACUUGGACCUAUGCAUCUGGAAAAGAUUGAACCUAUAAACCAAGCGCUAGUAAAUGAGUAUGAGGUGAGAAGGAAGAUGUUGUUGAAACGUCUCGAUGUGACGGUGCAGUCUUUUGGUUGGUCUGACAGAGCAAAGACACAUGCUGAAAAGUUAGCUAAAGUGUACCCGCCUCUGCGUUCAGCCCUCUGUACUGCAAGCCAAAUCUCUGUUGCUCAUCUUCUUGCUGCUCGACAAGAUUUCUCCAAGAUCCUACGUACAAGCAGUGGCAUGACAAGGGAGAAGACUGCUUGUGCUAUUAAUAAGGUUCGAAUGGGUCGAGUGCCAGACAGAGGAGGCCGACCUUGUGAGAUUGAGGCUCCUCCCCCGGAGAUGCCCACCUGGCAGAAGCGUCAGGAUGCUCCCCAGGGUGGAGGAUACCAUGGUGGGGGCGGGCACGGAGGCAGCAGGGGGGGCUAUGAUCACUUCUCCCAAGGUGGCCGUGGAGGCUAUGAGAGAGGACAUGGAGACAGGGGAGGUAGAGGGGGCAGCAGAGGAGGGAAGGUACAGGGAGGCUGGGGAGAGGGUGGUGGAGGAGGAGGUAGAGGCGGUUACAACCAAGGCCACUUUCAGGAUGCAGCAGGUCAUCAUGGGGGAGGAGGGAGAGGGGGGUAUGGAGGAGGUGGGAACAACCAAGGAGGUUUCCAGGACCCUGGGUAUCAUGGGGGAGGAGGAAGCGGAGGCAGUUACCAUGACAGUUACCACCAAGACGGAGGCUGGCAUCAGGAGAGAGGCGGGGGCCGAGGAUGUCGUGGGGGCAGGGGAAGGGGAGUCCGAGGAGGACAAGUACAAGCGGGAGGCUGGGGAGGGGGAGGGAGAGGGGGCCCGAAUUUUAACCAAGGAGGACAGUUUGAACAGUUCUUCCAACAAGGCGGGCAGCACUACAACCAAGCUGGCUUUACUCAAGGAAGACACUACACAAGUUGAAAAAACUGUCAGCAGAGUCUACGUAAAGAUCGGCUACCGGUCAUACAAAAACAGAUUUACAAUGCCUCAAAUCUUACAUUUUCCGCAUGGUUAAAAGUUGACUAAAAUUUAUUUUCUACACCUGGUGUGUUUUCUUUGCUUCUUAUAAACAAGUUUGAAACCAGCAGUUCUGCUGUGUACGGUUAGUGGAUUAAAUGGACUCUGCUGUUCAGACCUCAUCAUGCCACUAAUUAGCCUUAUAUUGGACCUUUUUUGAAAAACAAAAGAUUUCAGCAUCAAUUCACCAACUAUGUAACUGACUCAAGAAGUGAACGUCAUUAUUACAUGUAGAAUUCUUCAGAUGAUGAAAGUUAGUUUGAAUUUGACAAUUACAUCUUUUUAGCCUUGGUUGUGUUUCAUUUGGUUUGACCAGAAUCUCCUUUUGUUACAUAUGUAAAAAAUGUCACCUUACGCUGCUCAUGGAGGGUUGUGUGCAUAUUUUAUGUUGGAAGGUUUGCAUGGUUGUGUAAAUAAGCAAUAAAAUCUGAUAAGAAUCUCAAAA